CACAUAUUGGGCGUACCAUAACAGGAAAGCAGAGCCACCCGUCAAAUGACUUCUCUUCUUUAAAAUGUGACGUUUUCUGUGGGGGGAAAAAAGGAUAAUGUCAGCCUGACCUCAGAGAAACACCAUGCUCCCCACCAAGCUGACCAGCCGGCUACCUCUAACUGCCCUGAGGAGGAUUCAUCAUGGAACCUUUUACUCCUGUGUUUCCUCCCUGUCAAACUGCUUUCUCAACACGGAAGGAGGAGGGACUAGAGAUGGUUUCCAGCCAAAUUCCAAUAUGCUAAGAAGAGUGUUUUACAGCCCGAGUGCAAUCCGCCCAUCUCUUGGACUUCUUGAAACACACUACUAUGGGAGAAGGUCAUUCACUUUGUCAGCUGCUACAAUUGUGAAUUCAGCACCAGCGCCUGUAAGGCCAUACCUGCGACUGAUGAGAUUGGAUAAGCCUAUUGGGACAUGGCUGCUGUACCUCCCAUGUACGUGGAGCAUAGCCCUGGCUUCCGACCCAGGAUGCCUCCCACAUCUGGGCAUGCUCACCCUGUUUGGUACAGGUGCUCUGCUGAUGAGAGGAGCAGGCUGCACCAUUAAUGACAUGUGGGAUAAAGACUUUGACAAAAAGGUGACAAGGACAGCCACUCGACCCAUUGCGUCAGGAGAGAUUUCUCGGAUGCAGGCACUCGUGUUCCUAGGGGGCCAGCUCUCUCUGGCGCUUGGGGUUCUCUUGUGCCUCAACUACUACAGCAUAGCGUUGGGUGCUGCUUCCUUGUCUCUUGUCAUCACCUACCCACUGAUGAAGAGGAUCACUUACUGGCCGCAGUUUGUCUUGGGCCUUACUUUCAACUGGGGAGCGCUGCUCGGCUGGUCCGCUGUCAAGGGCUCCUGUGAUUGGUCCGUGUGCCUUCCGCUGUAUUUCUCAGGAGUGAUGUGGACACUGAUAUAUGACACAAUCUAUGCACAUCAGGAUAAGGAGGACGACGUCAAGAUAGGAGUCAAAUCUACUGCACUGAGGUUCCAGGAACAAACCAAGCCUUGGCUGAGUGGCUUCACAGUGGCCAUGAUGUCGGGUCUGGUUGCAGCUGGGAUCAGUGCUGAACAGACUCUCCCUUACUAUGCAGUACUGUCCACAGUGGCCAUUCACCUAACACAUCAGAUUUACACACUGGACAUGAACAAACCAGAGGACUGCUGGAAGAAAUUUGCCUCAAACAGAAACCUUGGACUGUUGUUAUUUUUAGGCAUAGUUGCUGGCAAUUUGUGGAAAGAAAGAAGAGAGACUUUGUUGCAAAAUGAGGAGGCCUUCCGAUAAGCGAGAUAAUCAGUCAAAAGGUUCUUCUCGGAUGCUCUCUCAAAUGGUGUACUUGGUAGGCUGUGUGAUUUUAACACACCCAAGAAUGACUUUUGCUCACACAUGUUUUUACAUUUGUUGAUUUAAUUAAAUUGAUAAAUAAUGUAGCUUUAUUGGUAUUUACUGGUCUUUUAAGGUUCAUUUUUGUCCAUCAACCAUUGAGAAAAUAUCUGGGUCAUAAGGACAGGAUUUGUUAUUUCCUGUUAUUAAAUGCACCAGGUGAAGCACUUCUGGGAAACAUAGUUGGUUGCUGAGAUCAUUAGAUACGCUUUGGUUUGGCGAGCCGCCAACUCAAGUCUGUAAUCAAAGUCCUGGGAAUGAGACUCAGCAAUCGGCUCUAUUUUUCCGCCGAUAAUGUUCCAAAAACAAGAAAAUAAAACACGUCUAAGUGUUGCCUAAGAGGAGUUACAUUUUUGUAUGAACCUGAAACACUGUUUUUAUGCAAAUUCUGAAUAGCAACUUUCUUCAUGAGACUCUUGUUUACUGCAGCUCCCUGCAGCUCCCAGGCAGGGAGUGUACACUUGGCACACUUAAGCUGGUUUGCAUGAAACUGCUUGUUUAAUAUGAGCAUGCAGAGAGUGGUCACGCCUACUCAUGCAGUAUGUAGGUUGGGCAAUCAAAGUAAAAUGCU